ACCAACUAAUAACAUCCUUUCUCUUCAGUGUGUACGGAAGUAAACAAUGACCAAUAACAAUUUACACCGUUUUUUCAUUGAUAUUUGGACAUUUAUUAAUACAAUGGAACUCAAAAUAUGGCUCAUUUAACUGCGCAGCAUCAGAUACCCCAUGUAUUCUUUAAUUCGCGUUUGAGACAGGACUUGGUUGGUAGAUGUUAUCUAGGUAACGCUAGCUGCUAACGUUAGCUAACAAUGGCUAACUGUAUGGUUUUUCACACUCAAAUAGCCUCCAUCAUGGAGGUGCUAGCGAAUGCAGCCGUGGCAGAGAUCUGUAAACUCGUAGACGACGACUAUGCAGUGUUUCGUUUGGAAAUAACACAAAGCCAGAAAGAAAACAGGACAUUGCGGAAGAAACUACUGGAAAUGAAGGUGUCACGGGAGCGCGCAGAGAGAACAAUGCGAGAGCGUGUCCUCGCCAUUCGUCCCAGAGGUGUCAAGCUCCUCGACCGAAACAGAGGAAUGGCAAGAGGACAUCUCACUGGAGGCCACAGGAGCUUUGUGAAGCCAGCAGGACACAAUAAAUGGAGAGAUGACCAACCAAUCACUGUUGAUGAGGGGAGUGGAAUCUCAACCCAGCACGUUAUCAUGAUAGAGUCUGCAGAUGGAGAGGCUGCAGGUCCUGGAGGAUCGUCUCUGGUCAAGCAGGAGAGGACUGAAGGAGACGACCCACAACACAGCAGAGAAAUCCAGACUGUAGACACGGGGGACCAAUCCACCACCGCCAUGCCCCAGCCCAGGACUAGACGCAGCAUCACGGCGGUCAGUGGAAUGCCGAACGCCAUCAAGUCAGAGACAGACAAAGAGAUUUUAACUGUAACCAAAAGGCUUUUACACAUAGAAUCUGACCACAGGUCAGACCCAGAGAGACUGGGGCUGGGGCCGCUGGGCUGUCCUGCUGUUCCUGGCUCAGACUACUUACCAUUAUUUCGUCAGAGCCAGAGGACGGAUCAUUCCUGUGGUGAUGGUGAUCGUAACGCGUUAGACACAGGCAGUGAUGAUCCGUCUUGUUCUUACGUUACAGAGAUGGACCCUGGCAACAUACCCUUGGGUUUAGAGACACAGACUGAUCUGUCUAGAGGGGACUGGAACCGGUACAGGAGUAGUGUAUACUCAGAAGGGUGCCUAGAUAAGAAAGGGGAGGGUCUGGUCGUAGAUGAAGUGACUGUGAAAGUGGAGGGCGAUGUUCCUCCCACACGGAAUGGAGAUCGUCACCUUGGAGACGGACACUCACAGGGCAGAGGUUUCUUAGAUUACAGGGAAAGCUUAGAGACAAAUCCAAAUGUCACAACCCACUCCACUUUACACGCAUUCAGGGAUGGCGACCCAGUGUCCAGAUCAAUGGGGCCUUCCGAUUCACACGGCCAUGUUCUUUUUGAUCAGAUAUUGAACUCAAACGACAUGGCUAGAACCCAGGCUCAGGGAGGGGAAGCCACAUCAGGCAAUAGUAAAGAGAAACGGUUCCUCUGCAUGUUUUGUAACAAAGGCUUCAGCUGCCUCCAGAAGGUGGAGAUCCACCAGAGGGUCCACACAGGGGAAAAACCCUUCAGCUGUACCCAGUGUCAGAUGCGCUUUGCCCAGACUGGUGACCUGAAAAGGCAUCAGAGGGUCCACACGGGGGAGAAACCAUUCGGCUGCCACCUGUGCCGGGCUAGUUUCUCCCACUCCUCCAGCCUGAAAAGGCACCAGAGGGUCCACACAGGGGAGAAACCCUACAGUUGCCCCCAGUGUGAGAAGAGGUUCUCCCACCAGCACCAUUUGAAGAUUCACCUGAAGGUCCACACGGGAGCGAGGUCGUUUGCCUGUACGCACUGCGGGAAAAGUUUCUCAGAGAGGAGCUACCUCAGAAUACACCAGCAGAAAAAACAUUCCACUAUAUAACAUAGAAAGUAACCAUUCUGCUCGAUGUUUAGAUCAAACCUUGCAUUAAAGACAAAGAGGAAUUUAUUGUUGUCAGCAGAAAAGAACCAGAGAUGCAUUUGGUAUAACGAGAGUUACAGAUUUCAGUAUUGAAUAUUCCUGAGUAGAAUAUUGCAUCCAGACAGUGUGUGAUAUAUAAGGCAUAUAUACAGUGCCUUCGGGAAGUAUUCAGACCCCUUGACUUUUUCCACAUUUUGUUACAUUACGGCCUUAUUCUAAAAUGGAUUAAAUAAAAAACAUCCUCAGCAAUCUACACACAAUAACCCAUAAUGUGAAAAUAGGUUUAGACAUUUUUGCAAAUGUAUUACAAAUAAAAAACAUACCUUAUUUGCAUACAGUACCAGUCAAGUUACUACUACUAAUUCAAGGGUUUUUCUUUAUUUUUUAUUAUUUUCUACAUUGUAGAAUAAUAGUGAAGACAUCAAAACUAUGAAAUAACACAUGGAAUCAUGUAGUAACCAAAUAAGUGUUAAACAAAGAUUCUUCAAAGUAGAGACCCUUUGCCUUGAUGACAGCUUUGCACACUCUUGGCAUUCUCUCAACCAGUUUCACCUGGAAUGCUUUUCCAACAGUCUUGAAGGAGUUCCCACAUAUGCUGAGCACUUGUUGGCUGCGGAGGCAGGGACUGGGAGACUAGUCAGUAUCGAGGGAAAAAUGAACGGAGCAUAGUACAAACAGAUCCUUGAUGAAAACUUGCUCCAGAGUGCUCGGGACCUCAAACUGGGGCGAAGGUGCACCUUCCAACAGGUCAACGACCCUAUGCACACAUCCAAGACAAUGCAGGAAUGGCUUCAGGACAAGUCUCGAAAUGUCCUUGAGUGGCUCAGCCAGAGCCUGGACUUGAACCCGAUCAAACAUCUCUGGAGAGACCUGAAAAUAGCUGUGCAUCAACGCUCACCAUCCAAACUGACAGAGCUUUAGGGGAUCUGCAGAGAAGAAUGGGAGAAUCUCCCCAAAUACAGGUGUGCCAUGCUUGUAGUGUCAUACCCAGGAAGACUCAAGGCUGUAAUUGCUGCCAAAGGUGCUUCAACAAAGUACUGAGUAAAGGGUCUGAAUACUUAUGCAAAUGUGAUAUUUCAGUUUUGUUUUUGUAAUAAAUUAGCAAACAGUUCUAAACCUGUUUUUGCUUCGUCAUUAUGGGGUAUUUGUGUGUAGACUGAUGAGGAAAAAAACUAUUUCAUCAAUUUUAGAAUAAGGCUGUAACACAACAAAAUGUGGAAAAAGUAAAGGGGUCUGAAUACUUUCCAAAGGCACUCUAAGCCUAAAGUUUGUUGCAUAUUGUGUUUGUACUGUAAGCUAUACAAUGUUCACGAAUGCCUGUUUCAUUACUUCCAUUCAACUAUGGUUUUGACAUUUUUUUAUAAGAAAAUUAAGGCAAUUUAUCAAGUACAUGCAGAUUUUUAGUUCAGACAUGUUUGUGUGGUUUUCAUAUGGUGUAUUUAAACUAACUUUGUUUGUUUAAUAAACACAAAAUGGGACUUUU